AUGCAUCGACUUUUUGCUGAGCUGGAGCUAUCUGUAACCGUCACCGAGCAAAACCUGGCAGACCGAGUUCGGUAUAUCUUGCGCUCAAAUACAUUUGAUGUCACCGAACUCGAACGGCUACGACGUGAGGCUGUUCCUUCAUCGGGUGAAAAUGCUGCGGCUGAGGAUGCGGCGCCACAACUUGCUGAGCAAACGGGAAAUGUGGAUGCCGCCGUGAAUACGCCAGUUGUGGUUGAUUCAAACGAUGACGGAACAGUCGCCCAGGAACUGUAA